CCACCCCACGCCGCUCCGCCCCGCCCCGCCCCACCCUGCCCGCGCCUUCGCGGCAGACGCUGCCUCGGGAGAACUCAAGGAUGAGCUGAACCUCCGCAGCUGUUAAUGUCACCAGCGCUAAUCACAGGGACUUUGGGGCUGGCCGGAAGCCCCCUUCCCUGCGCCCACUCCCAGUUCAUUUCCUGUCCCGUUCCGCCCGCCCAGCAGCGACCUGGCUCAGCAGGCAGGCGGCCCAGGCGCCCCGGAGUGUGGUGUCUACCUGAAGAACAUUUUAUUUUAAAAGGAAAGAUGCUAUCUCCAAAUGAUAAAAAGUUAGAAAAGCUGGAUCCAUUUUAUCGACCUUCUAUGUCCAAGCAGAAGACCAGCGCAGAGAUUAUAAGUGAAGCACGAAAUGCAUUAAGAACAGUUAGGACCCAACGACCAUUUACACCACGGGAAGACCAAAGAAAGCUAUUUGGGCCUGCAUCUUCAAGAACACCAGAAAAUAGACCUCCUUCCUCCUUUAGCCUCCAUGCAUCCAGUUUUGAGUCAUCUGAUUCCAGGCCUAUCUCCAGUGCUCGUCUCAGUCCGCUAGAGCUUAGACCGAAAGCUCCGGCAUCUCCCGCCCCGGAGGAGGACCCCUGCCUUUCCUUUCCCAAACCCCCAGUGGAUGCUGCAAAGAUGAGAAGAAUAAGCAGUGCCCGGGCGCGCUUAUUCAGGGCGGCCUCCCGGGGGGCUCUUCUGCCUGACAGGACGCUUCCUCCCGCUGAGCCAAAGAAGACAGUGGAAUCCAAAGAAACCCUUGUGAAGGGGGACCCUAUGGUGAAAAUAAAUGGGAUUUAUUUAACAGAAUCAAACGCCAUGGGCCACUUAAAGAGUCACCCACUUCAGCUAACUUACGAUGGAGGCUUCAGUGAAAUUCAGGAGCAAGAAAUGUUUAAAGGGACAACAUCCUUGCCAUCUCAUCUCAGAAGUGGAGGGGAGCAGGGGAAGAGGUGUUCGAGAGCCUCAUCAUAUUCCAGCAGCUCAGACGUGAGCCGACUGGAAGCCAGAGCAGUCUCAAAAGCCAACUUGCAAGAAAAGGAUACAGAAAUAGAAGCAGACGAAGUCUUUUGGAAUACAAGGAUCGUACCGAUUUUGCAUGAAUUAGAAAAGGAAGAAAACAUUGAAACAAUUUGUGCUGCUUGCACACAACUUCAUCACGCUUUAGCGGAAGGAAACAUGCUUGGAAAUAAGUUUAAGAGAAGAAGUAUUCUCCUGAAGACCCUAUAUAAACUAGUUGAUAUUGGUUCAGACUUGCUCAGCCUUAAACUUGCAAAACUUAUUCUAGCACUUAAAGUGAGUAGAAAGAAUCUUCUUAAUGUCUGCAAACUUAUAUUCAAAAUUAGCAGAAGUGAGAAGAAUGACUCUCUGAUUGAAAAUGACAGCAUUCUGGAAUCAUUACUGGAGGUCCUGAGAAAUGAAGACCUGCACACUAACACUGAAGCUUUUUUAUACUGUAUGGGGGCUAUCAAAUUCAUUUCUGGAAACCCAGGAUUUCUCGAUGAAAUGAUCAGCAAAGGUGCUGUGGAAAUAUUGGUGAAUUUGAUAAAGCAAAUCAAUGAGAACACCAGGAAAUGUGGCACAUGUCUGCCUAACUCAGGCCACUUGUUAGUCCAAAUGACUGCUACACUGAGAAACUUGGUUGAUUCACCACCAGCAAGAAGUAAGUUGCUAAGCAUCAGUGCCCUCCCCCAGCUCUGCGCGGUGAUGGGACAGUACAUGGCUGACAAGGAUGUCUGCACCAAUAUUGCCAGAAUAUUCAGCAAACUUACUUCUUACUAUGACUGCUGUGCAGCCUUGGCCAACUGUUCCAGAUGUUAUGCCUUGUUUUUGAAAGUGAUGAACAAAUACCAGAAGAAACAGGAUUUAGUUGUCCGUAUUGUCUUUAUUCUUGGCAACCUGACAGCGAAAAAUCACCAGGCUCGUGAACAGUUUUCCAAAGAGAAAGGGAGCAUCCCGACCUUGCUGUCAUUAUUCCAUACAUUCUACAAACUGGACCUGUGCGCCAAGGAGCAGGCGGGAGGAGCCCAGCAACCCAAGGUGCAGAGGCCGAGGGCCCCAGCGGAGGACGUGCUCAUCAAGCUGACCCGAGUACUGGCCAACUUAGCCAUCCACCCUGGCAUCGGCCCGGCCCUGGCCACCAACCCGCACGCCGUGGGCCUGCUCCUUGCCACGUUAGAAUACAAGUCAAUUGAGGAUUGCGAGGAGCUGGUGAUCAAUACUACAGCCACAAUCAACAACUUAUCUUACUACCAAGUGAAGAAUUCCAUAAUUCAAGACAAAAAGCUAUAUAUUGCUGAAUUGCUCAUAAAGCUUCUUGUGAGUAAUAACAUGGAUGGAAUCCUUGAAGCUGUGCGUGUUUUUGGAAAUCUCUCCCAGGACCAUGACAUCUGUGAUUUCAUUGUGCAGAAAAAUGUACACAAGUUCAUGAUUGCACUGCUCGAUGCUAAGCAUCAGGAUAUUUGCUUUUCUGCCUGUGGCGUUCUCCUAAAUCUCACUGUGGAUAAAAACAAACGUGUCAUCCUAAAAGAAGGAGGUGGCAUUAAAAAGUUGGUGGAUUGUUUAAGACAUUUUGGUCCUACCGAUUGGCAGCUGGCCUGCUUGGUUUGCAAAACUUUAUGGAACUUCAGUGAAAAUAUCACCAACGCUUCAUCAUGUUUUGGAGAUGAAGACACCAACACAUUGUUAGUCCUGCUACCAUCAUUUUUAGAUGAAGAACUAGCACUGGAUGGCAGUUUUGAUCAAGACCUAAAAAACUAUCACAAACUCCAGUGGGAAACAGAAUUCAAACCUGUGGCCCAGCAGCUCCUGAACCGAAUUCAGAGUCAUCAUACCUUCCUGGAACCACUGCCUAUUCCUUCUUUCUAACAUGAUGUAGAUUAACAACAGAAGCAAGAAGUCAGGUCUCCUUCAUUCUUACGGAGUGGUAACAUGCAUGAACAUUUGUUUUUCAGUAUGGACAAAUAGUGAAAGUUUUUCAGAUACUGAUUUUAGUGAGUAGUCUAAGUAUCUUAGAAGAAAUAGGCAUUUCUUCUCGUUAGGUAGGUAUUAUGGAAAAAUGAAUAUAAAUGUGCUCUCUGCUAUGAGAAAUGUAAGAUGAAAAUAUAUUCACAGUUUUUCAAAGUA